AAUGGUCCAGUUGACAAAAUGUAUAUUGCAUCUGCACAAGCAGCUCCAAUAAUAACAAGAUCUAAAACAGUUCAUCCCAACAGAGACAUGCUGCGCUGUACACCAGCUUGUAAUUAUGGAUCCGACUGGGGUGAUGAGACAAGAGAUGACGACAUGAUCACAAUUGACAAGAUCGGUCCUGAACUUUCUUCACCAGUAAUUAAAAAGGAAGGAUCUGAAUUAAUGACAGAAGAGAGACCAUUCACUCCAGGUGAACGACAAGCCAUUCUCACAGCCUUGCCUCCUCUGAAGAGACAAGAUCCAAACACAGAGUUUUGGCGAGAAUUAGACUCUCUUGUCGAAGCACAUCAAAUGACACUACGAGACAUUCACACCAUUGUGAAAGCUAAAAUCCCAAGAGACAGAUGGGAACGCUUGCCAGCUUCAAUAACAACUGCCCAAUGGAUAGAUUUGUGGGUUGAUGACCAGGGACGACCCCUGGGUCUUUGGCAAGCCUUAGAUGUAUUCCGAAAAGAAAUCCAGGAAAUCUUAGGCAGUGGUAAAAUUCCCUUCACAUUAGUGACAUUGAUUAAGCAAAAGGAUGAUGAAUCUCCAGAUGAGUAUGCUCUACGUAAGUGGAAUGCUUAUGAGAGAUGGGCUCUCUGUGCUAAGAAACAACCUGACAGAGAUGAUGUACAGUUCAUUGACACACUUGUGGAUGGACUUGGCCCAAAAUACCAACAAGCCUUAUCACUUGGAGUCAACCCAGGUGAGACAUUUGACCAAAUCAUGCAAUGGGCUGGCCGUUUGGAGAUGGCUAUGAGGUCAAACAAAGAAGAAGGAAACAAGCCAUACCGAAGAGGAGUGGCGACAGCUCAAUACAACAAAGACACAAAGAAUAAGAUGGUUUUCUGCAGCAAUUGUGGAAAACGUGGACACGUUAGACGAGAUUGCUGGGCUAAAGGAGGUGGAGCAGAAGGUCAAGGUCCAUCAUUUAAACAGGUCAGUACCAAAGACCAUAAUGAAAAUUCUCAAGAGAAGACGUUGACUGAAGCACAAGUCCGUCAGCUCAUUGAGGGAAUUAUGCGUCCGCAAUAGGAAUUAGCGGCCCCCUGUAUUAGUAAGAAAAAAGACAAUCGCCUUUUCGUUAAUGCAUUAAUAGGGGGCCACCCAUGUGAUGUUUUGGUUGACACAGGCGCCUCAAUUUCAAUAACAGAUUUGAACCUACCUACAACAGAUGAAACUAUGGAAGUUGAAGGUGUUGGAGGUGGUAUCACAAAAUUUCGCAAAAGUAUUCAAGUUCCACUGCAAAUACAUGAAGAUGAAGUCUUAUGGACAUCUUUUUGGGUGGGGCCGAAUUCACAAGGAAGCCUAAUUGGCAUGGACAUUCUUCCAUUGUUAAACAUGAUCAUAUUCACUGACAGUCGUCAUAUCGCCACAACUGCUGGGAUAAUACCACACGAAGAUCGCACAUGUAAUCUAAGGUCUGUUGGUACAGCAAAACCAAUUAUCAGGAACUGGACAAAAGAUGGUGUGUGGGGUCUUCUAUGCAGUUUGUAUCCAGAUGUUUGGGCUAAACACAAACUGGAUUGUGGUAAAGCCAACAUUGACCCCAUUGUUAUUGAGGGACCGACACAUGCCCCUCAUAAACAAUACCCUAUCAGACCUGAAGCAAGACAAGCCGUGGAGGAGAUAGUGGCUGACUUGGAAGCUGAAGGUAUCAUCAGACAAACGUCAUCUACCACUAAUAGUCCUGUCUGGCCUGUCAAGAAAUCAGAUAACUCAUGGCGAUUAACCAUUGAUUACACAAGACUUAACAGUGUAACACCAAAACCGCAUCCUAUUGUAGCCAAUCCUGCCACUAUUCUGAAUGAUAUUCCAGGAAAUGCUAAAAUUUUUACGGUACUGGAUGUACUGUCUGCUUUCUGGUCUAUACCUAUAGACAAAAGAUCUCAAGAGAAAUUAGCCUUUACAGUAGGCGCAAAACAAUAUGUUUGGAACAGACUCCCACAAGGUCUUAAUAUUUCUCCUGUUGUAUUUCAUAGAGCUUUGAACCAGUUCUUAACGGAGCAAAAAGCUGAAAUUGAGAAAUCAGGAAGUGUCUGCCUCCAAUAUGUUGAUGACUUGUUGAUUGCAAGCCCAGAUGAAAGAAGCCAUAUAUUUGCUCUGAAUGUUGUCCUACAAGCCCUUAGGAAAGGGGGAUUUAAAGUUAACCCCGACAAAGCACAGCUGGCCAAAUCCAAAGUUAUCUAUUUGGGCCAAGAAAUAUCUAUGGAGGGAAGGAGAAUGACAACAGAGCGUGUAGAAGCAUUACGACAUCUUCCAAAACCUCUAACAGUUACAGGAAUGCGGAAGGUGAUGGGACUUUUCAACUAUUGUCGUCAGUAUAUACCCGAAAAACUGACUUCAGCUCCAGCUUUGGGACUUCCCGAUGGACGAUUGCCGUUUCAUUUGUGGACCAGUGUAGGAGAUGAGACGUAUUCAGCAGUACUGUGUCAAAAACCAGGUGAUCGAUACAGACCAGUUGGAUACUUUUCCACAAAGAUUCCUGUCACUAUGAUUGGGCAACCACGAUGUAUACAAGCUCUCGAUGGUGCCACAUGGGCAGUGGAUGCUGUUGAGAAUCUGAUAGGAGCACAAACUAUCAUAUUGCACACUCCACACAGUAUAGUGACAUUGUUGAACAACACAAACAUCAAAACCAUAACCGAUGCAAGAAGAGCAAAAUGGGAAGCUACUUUGUUGAACAAGGAUUUGAGAGUGGAAAUCAUCAGAGACACGUCUCUUAACCCUGCAACAAUGAUGCUGGAACCACAUGAGGGAAUACCACAUGAGUGUGUAAAACAAGUAGAAGAAGAUAGCCUUGGUCCUGUUAAUCCAAUCCCUCUUGAAAAUCCAGACAAGGAGUUAUGGGUCGAUGGAUCCAGUUACUAUGUUGAUGGAAAAAGACACACUGGAUGGGCUGUAGUGCAAGCUGAUGGAACUGUUGUGAAGAAAGGAGCUCUUCCUGGCAAACUUUCAGCACAAGUAGCUGAGCUUAUAGCACUUACAGAAGCUCUUGAAUUAUCUGAAGGAGAACGAGUCAACAUCUAUACAGAUAGUCGAUAUGCUUUUGGUGUGGUCCAUGACUACCUUGCCCUGUGGAAGAGACGUGGACUCAUCACCAGCAAUGGGAGCGAAAUACAACAUGCUUCCAUAAUUCGUCGCUUAAUUACAGCAUGUCACUUACCUAGAGAAGCAGCCGUGAUCAAAGUAAAAUCACAUCAAUCUGACAAGUCCAAAGAAACUCAAGGAAACACGGCAGCAGAUGCAGCAGCUAGAGAAGCAGCUCUACUCCAUCCUACUCCUGUUACCCUGGUAAAGGAAAAUACCAAGGAUAAUCCUGAGCUCCAUCUUCUGUCAUAUCAAUUGGAGACAGAUGAAGAGAAAGAACAAUGGAUAAAAGCGGGAGCGAAAGAGGAUGAUCAAGGAAUCAGGAGAAUUCCAACAGGACAAGUAGUGAUGCCUAUCGGAACAAGAAGAGAACUAAUGCAGCUGUAUCAUGGAAAAGUGCAUGCUGGAGCAAAAGCAAUGAAAGCUCAAAUCAGUAAAACUUGGUGGUGGCAAAGAAUGAUGAGAGACAUUGAUGAUUAUUGUAGGAGAUGUUUGAUAUGCCUCAAAGCAAAUGUGGGAAAAUCUGUAAAGGUGCGAAUGUCACAUGCACCCAGACCAACAGGUCCGUGGACACAUCUCCAAAUUGAUUUCACAGGACCUUUAUCACCUAGUGGAGGGUAUCAAUAUAUACUUGUAAUCAUGGACAAUAAUAAGAAAGCGCGAGAAGCUCAACAGCAAUGGGAUGAAAAACACACCACUACUGACAUUCCACACAUUCCCGAGAUAGGCAGUUUUGUUAUGAUCAAACGAAUUGCUAGGAAGGGUUUAGAGCCUAGAUUGGAAGGACCUUAUGAGAUACUCUUAACAUACAAGUGUUUGUCUCAAAGGGAAGGGUGUAGGAACAGAUAGAUGGUAUCAUUGGUCACAAGUUAAACCUUGCUUAGU